UCAGAAAUGGGUUCAAAACCGACCCAAAUUGUUCUUGGGCUUUUCAGAUGAAACACAAAAACCCUAACCAUUCAAAAAUCAUCACAAAACGUCUCUGUUUUCCCCCAUUUUGCAGUGUAACAAUCAAUCAAUCAAUCAGAAAAAUCACUGAAUCAUAUACGUGAUGAGUAGUGGAGGUGGAGCUGCUGCUGCAAAACCCAAAGAGGAGGAACAAGAUGGCAUGUCUGUCCAUUCUCCUUGCAAACCUCCUCCUUCCUCCGCUUCCUCUCUUCCUAAGGAUCAAGCACAAGCUGAAUUGGAGCUGAAAUUAUUGGAAGCUCUUGAAAUUUAUCCUCCAAUAAAACUUCAAGGAGUACACCGUCACUUUGUCCUUUAUGGUCUGAUGGAAUAUCUAAAGAAGAGUUUUGACAGAGAUUUCUCUUCUGAGGAGGUCCUUCAAUUGCUGGAUCGGUUCUACAACCUAGAGAUGCUGAAAACAGACGACGAAGAGAUCGAUAUCCUUAAUCAUGAAGAAGAUUUCAGCUUGCCUCAGAGUUACUUUGGCAAGGAAGAACCCUGAACUUCAAUUUUUGUGGUAUUUAUAUUUUCAUUUGGAUCAAUGUCCACCCUUUCGUUUGUAAAGUUGGCUGUUAUUCCCCUCAUUUUGGGUUGGAUUAUGUUUCGACAGUGGUUCUUUUAUCGUUUCUGUUAAGUUAUGGUGGUUUUUAGCAUGUACAUCUAUCAUGGUUGCGUAGUGGUUUCGAGAAUUCUGUACUCAGUAUAAUAAUCUCGGUUUGAGCUGCUUAAUAAUGUAGUAUUUAACUGCAGUGAUUUGGGUAUAGAACAUGUCGACUUAAAAAGAGUAUAUCGAAAUGCCUAUUUAUCGGUAGGAUUUUUGAGUG